AUGCAUGAAACGGUUGUUGAACUCACCUGCAAUAUAAUUUAUAAUCACGUGUUUCAUUCUAGGGCUUUGCCCUCGCUCGCGCGACUGUGUACCGAGAAGUUUGGACUGCACCUAUAUGUUCCCACCGGUAAGGGUAGAGUCGGAAAGCACAGAAAGCACCCAGGUGGUCGUGGUAAGGCCGGUGGUCAACACCACCACAGAACCAACAUGGACAAGUACCACCCAGGUUACUUCGGUAAGGUUGGUAUGAGAUACUUCCACAAGCAAAGAAACCACUUCUGGAAGCCACAAAUCAACUUGGAAAAGUUGUGGUCUUUGGUUGAAGAAGAGAAGAGAGAAGAGUACCUCAAGUCUGCUUCUUCUUCUGCUGCCCCAGUCAUUGACACCUUGGCUCACGGUUACGGCAAGGUUUUGGGUAAGGGUCAAUUGCCAAACGUUCCUGUCAUCGUCAAGGCCAGAUUUGUCUCCAAGUUGGCUGAAGAGAAGAUCAGAGCUGUUGGUGGUGUUGUUGAAUUGAUUGCUUAA